CCGCCCAUUUCACCACCGCCCAAAAUGUUCCUCCCUAUGUGGAGGUAUACUCAACUAAGCCUUCUGGCGUGCGUGGUUUUUGGUGGUUCUGCCAGCACAAGCGAAGACGAAGGAAAGGACAAAGCAAAAACAGGAUAUUUUACAAAUCGACGUUACUAUCUCUGUUACACAAAACGAUACCGUUACUAAGUGCAUGCCAUUUUGUUUUAUUAACAUUUUGAUAAACCUACGUGAAUGUGUUCCUCGGCAGUUGCAUUUGCGGUGUUGGCCGCCGUCUUCUGCAGUGUUCCCGUUUCAGUACAAGCCGGCCCGCGUUUGAAUAACAGACCAAUAAUCGGGAUUUUGGCCCAGGAGAUUAUUUCGGGAGACCGCCAUGCACGGGGAUCCUCGUAUAUUCCCGCCUCAUAUGUGAAAUACCUGGAGUCGGCUGGGGCGAGAGUGGUGCCAGUCAGAAUAAACCGCACAAAUGAGGAAUAUGUCACGCUGUUCCACUCCAUAAAUGGGCUGCUGCUUCCAGGUGGAGAUGUCGAUCUGCAAAAAUCACAGUACAGCAGAGUGUCAAAGAUAUUUUAUGACCUGGCAAUAAAGGCCAAUGACAUGUCCGAUUACUUCCCCAUCUGGGGAACGUGCCAGGGAUUCCAGCAACUGACUGUUCUCACCAGCGGCAAAAACCUACUGACCCUUACGGACACCAAGGCUGUGGCCCUUCCCUUAACAUUCACCCCAGCUGCGCAGAACAGCCGUUUGCUCAAGAGUUUCCCAAAGGACCUGCUGCAGUCCCUGUCUGUGGAGAACAUAACCUCCAACUUCCACAGCUGGAGCCUCACACUGCAGAAUUUCUCUCGGAAUAUGAGGUUAAGAAGGUUCUACAAGGUUCUCUCCAUCAACACAGACGGUAAAAAGGAGUUCAUUUCGACCAUGGAAGCCUACCGCUACCCGUUCUACGCGGUCCAGUGGCAUCCGGAGAAGGCCCCCUUUGAGUGGAUAGAGAAGUCCGGGAUGGUGCACACUGCCUCCGCCGUCAAGGCCUCCUUCCACUCAGCCAUCUUCUUUGUGUCUGAGGCCAUGAAAAGUCAGCAUUCCUUCUCCAGCCCCGUUGAAGAAGAAAAAGCCCUUAUUUACAACUAUUCUCCUGUUUUCAAGGGCAUUGGAAGUGUGUUCAUGCAGAAUUAUUACUUUGAUUAAAUCAGAAAAGCAUUAAAUGUGAAACUUUCACCAGAGAUUCACAGAAGUCACAGAAUAGUGAUCAUAUUUGUGUAGAGCUUUGAGUGGUUUACAUCUGUGUUUAAAAUGAGGGAAAUAAUCAGUGAAUAAUUGACUUCAGUGAUUUCAUUGAUACUUCAUGUGUAGUUAUAAAAGUUAUAUUUUUAUUUAGUAUUGCAUCUAUUUUUAAACAACUUUUACAAGAUCUUGUGUGAUGCUGUCAAUCUUGUGUGAUAUUUCAUAUAAUUUCUGUUCUGUCUUCUGUGCAUGAAUUCUACUUCUUUGUUUUUGCUGAUGAUCAUUAGACCUUGAGGUAGAUAUUGUUUGAAGUGUUCAUAAUGACACCUCUGAGCUGUAUGAUUUCAGCUAUUCAUGUCAGAUGGAAUUUAAAGGUUUUUUUCCAUAAACAUGUGAUAUAGAAUGUGGGACACAGGCUUUUAGAUCACAGGCUUUUCACUUCAAAGUAAAAAAGUCCAGCAUAAAUACUUCUUUCUAAUAAUUUGUGUGUUUGUGCAUAGUUGUGUUUCAUGUCUUUCUCAGUAGCUGAAAGAUCGCAACUGGUGUUGUGCUUUUUCCCUAAAUGAAUCACGAGUAGCUGUGGUAGUGUGUACAACACACUGCUGUCCUCAGAAAUUAAGGAACAUUUGUAAAAACAAUUCGAAAAGAACUUGGGAUUUG